AUGUCGCGGCCGCUGUACCGGGGGUUCUCGGGGGGCGGCGGCGGGAAGGACCGCUGCGCCGACGAGGGCCGCCACUACGACCCCAAGCAGCCCGGCGAGAACGGCAUUGGCGCGGCCACCCCCGCGCGGGGGAGGAAGCGGCGCCUCGCGGCCGCGGCGGCGAGGAUCGGGGUCCUCGUGCUCGCCGCGGCGGCGCUCGUGGGGUCGGUGGCGUGGGCCGGGUCGCUCUACGCGGGGCGCGGGGCCGCCGCGGCGAUGGCGGCCGCCUCGGCGCACCGCGGCUACCGGCGGCUGCAGGAGCAGCUGAUCACCGACCUGCUCGACAUCGGCGUGCUCGCCGGCGGCGGGCUCCGCUCGCGGGAGGCGGAGGCGUGCGCGGCCGAGUACGAGAACCACGUGCCCUGCUACUACAACGGCUCGGACGCCGUCGACGUCUCGGAUCUGGGCGGCGGCGUCGUCAUCAGCUACGAGCGCCAGUGCGCGCGGGAGGGCAGGGCCACCUGCCUCGUCGCGCCGCCGCGGGCCUACCGCACCCCCGUGCGCUGGCCCAGCAGCAAGGACUUCAUCUGGAAGGACAACGUGCGGAUUAGCGGCCAUGAAUUCUCCUCGGGGAGCCUCUUCAAGAGGAUGAUGGUGGAAGAGGACCAGAUCUCCUUCCCGUCGGACGCACAUUUGUCUGACGGCGUGGAGGAUUACGCGCAUCGGAUUGCCGAGAUGAUUGGCCUGCGGAACGAGUUCAAUUUCAAUGAGGCCGGGGUGAGGACAGUCCUUGAUAUAGAAUGUGGAUUUGGUACCUUGGGGGCACAUUUAUUUGAGAGAGACCUCUUGACUAUGUGCAUUGCUAACUAUGAGUCAUCGGGCAGUCAAGUGCAAAUCACACUAGAGAGAGGAAUUCCUGCACUGAUUGGUUCAUUUGCAUCAAAGCAGCUUCCAUAUCCCUAUCUUUCAUUUGACAUGGUGCACUGUGCAAGAUGCAAUGUUGAAUGGGACAAAAACGAUGGUGUUUUCUUGGUUGAAGUAGACAGGCUCUUGAGGCCUGGUGGAUACUUUGUUUGGACAACAAGUCUGAAUACACACAGGGCCUUACGUGACAAAGAAAAUCAAAAGAAAUGGGCAACCAUCCGCGCCUUGGCUAAUAACCUCUGUUGGGAGAUGUUGUCACAACAAGAUGAGACAAAUGUGUGGAAAAAGACAAAUAAAAGGGAUUGUUACAGUUCAAGGAAAUCCGAACCUAUGCUUUGUGCUAAAAGUCAUGAUCCCGAAUCACCAUACUACAAACCACUAAAUCCCUGUAUAGCAGGAACAAGAAGUAAGCGUUGGAUCCCCAUUGAACAUCGCACAGCAUGGCCUUCUCAGGCUAGAUUGAACUCAACAGAGCUUGAUAUACAUGGUGUGAAUUCAGAAGACUUUGGUGAGGAUACUUCCACCUGGGACUCCAUGGUGCGAAACUACUGGUCUUUAUUGUCUCCACUUAUAUUUUCUGAUCAUCCAAAGAGACCUGGUGAUGAGGAGCCACAUCCACCAUUUAACAUGCUUAGGAAUGUUCUGGAUAUGAAUGCUCACUUUGGUGGAUUUAAUGCUGCUUUACUCAAGUCUGGAAAAUCUGUAUGGGUGAUGAAUGUUGUUCCUACAAAUGGCCCGAACUAUCUGCCGCUUAUUUUUGACCGUGGAUUUAUUGGGGUUCAACACGACUGGUGUGAAGCAUUUCCAACUUACCCGAGAACAUAUGAUAUGGUACAUGCUGAUGGCUUUCUAUCACUUGAAAAGCGCCAAAAACGUAGAUGUUCUACUCUUGACAUAUUCUUGGAAGUUGAUCGCAUCCUAAGACCAGAGGGCUGGAUUAUAAUACGUGACACAGCCCCUCUUAUUGAAGCUGCAAGAUCUGUUGCUGCUCAGCUCAGAUGGGAUGCCCGUAUAUUGGAUCUUGACAUAGCUAGCGAUGAAAAACUGUUGGUCUGUCAGAAGCCCUUUCUGAAAAAAUAA